GUUCCGAAUGUAGACACGGAAGUCUGUCUCGUUUUGAGUUUCGUCGUCUCGUUUCAACUGUUUGUUGUCUGUUUAACAAAACAAAAAAAAAGUAAAACUCGAUAAUUAUGGUGCGAGACAUCUUCUCGGUUAAGUAGAUAAGAAGUUCGAGUCAGUUCUUCGAUGGUUCUGCUGAAGUCAAGUCGGUAAGUUUGAUGAAUUAAAGACUCUUCGCCUCUUUAAACUGAAGCUAGGCUAACGUUAGCUAGCAAAUGUAGUUUUUAAACUCCUGACUCACCUCAAAGUCGCUUAAAUGUGUUUCCAGUCGCGUUGAAACUGACUUUACCUUACUUUGGCACCAGGUGAGAGAUGGAGGAGCUGUACACUCUGGAGCGGGAGGUGGGACGGGGCAGCUACGGUGUGGUGUUCGAGGGCCGGAUCGCCAAAACAGGACUGAGGGUGGCCAUUAAGAGGCUUCCCUGCAGCAACCCGGAGUGCAUUGAACUCUACCUGCAGGAGCUGUGGGCCAUGAGAGCGACAGCUAAGAUCCACGUUAAUGUCAUAGCUCUCCACAGCUGCCUUCUUCAGACAGGACCAAGGAGUCUGAAGACCCUCAAACCAGGAAAACUGCCUCUACCUCUGGUCGAGAGUGUGCUAAAGGGGACUGUAUCCAGUUCACCACAAAACCAGGAGGAGAUGACUCCCCAGCAGGACACUCAUAGGAAGACUAAUAGUGUUUCUACACUUAAGGACAAGACUAACACCAUCCAGACCAGAGCAAAAACCCCUCACAAGACUACUAAACCAGAUCCAUCACAGACUAUAACUCCCAAGAGACCUCAGAGCAGAGGCAGGAAGAGACCAGCUGAGAGGGAGGAGAACCGGCGAGGGCCGUUGCGUUGCUUGGCGCUGUGGCUUGUGAUGGAGUACUGUGAUGGGGGUGACUUAAACCAGUACCUGCUCUCCAGGCCGCCAGACACCCAGAACAAUCACAGCGUGGUGAAACAGCUGUGCAGCGCCAUGGACUUCUUGCACGGUCUGGGUAUCACCCACCGCGACCUGAAGCCGGACAAUGUGCUGGUUUGUGAGACACCCAAAGGCCCGGUUGUAAAGGUAAGUAGAUUAGAGAGAUGAGACAGUGUGGAGUCAGUGUCAAAGUUGUUGCUUUUUGUCUUGUUUUUUUUUUCUUGGCAUCAAUGAGCUUAAGAGAGAAACCAAACCAACCACCAGAGCUCUGAACUUUAAUUUAGUUUAUAACAGUUGACGCAAAACUGUCUCACAAAUCAUAUUCAGACCGCUGAAUAUUAAAGGAGUCACAAGUGCAGAAUCCUACACUUCUCUUAUACUUCUCUCUGUCUGACCCCCUCUAGGUGGCAGACUUUGGUCUGAGUAAAAUGAGUGACGGUCAGGUGGAUGGCGAUUGCACCAAGCAGCACUUCUCCUCCAUCUGUGGCUCUGAUUUCUACAUGGCUCCAGAGGUGUGGGGCGGACUGACCUACUCGGCCCAGGCAGACAUCUUCUCCCUGGGUGUGAUGUUCUGGGCUGUGCUGGAGAGGAUCACCUUUGUGGAAGAAGGGAGUACGAAAGAACUGCUAGGUGAGUAUAAAGAAGAAAAACUGUGUGUGGGCUUUGGUGAUGUUGACCAACAACACAUUAAAACACAUAAACGUAGAUACGAUUUCAUUAGGAUCUUCCCUUCCCAGACAGAAAGGCAGGUUAUUAAGACAUCACAAUGAAUUGAGUUUGACGUAAUUACCUGAAACAUAUUAAAGUGUCACAUGCUGUACAUCAUACAUUCAUCAACAGCGGAUGGUAACGACAUAAAUCUAAAUGGCAAAAAUGAUUAAUUGUAUGUACAUUUUGAGAUUGAUUGUACGUUUUACUGGUUCUUAUAAUGCAAAGUGACAUCGUAACAUUAGACUCAGCCUCUACUGCUCCAGACAUGCUGUUGAUAGCAGCAUGUGAGAACAAAAUAACCUGAGAAUAUGUCCAGUUUUAGAGUGACUUUAAACACCUCAAAGUCCUGACUGGUCCCCAGGUAGAGCUGGGAAAUAUGACCCAUGAUCACUACCUUGAUAUUUCUAGGAAAUUGAGAUAUCUUAAUAUUUUGGAGUCCCACUUUUUAGUUAGAGACUCUGAUCCAAGUUAGAUUCUUUGGUUAGUUUUUUAAUUUGCAUGCAAAAAGGAGAAAGUCACCAUCAACUUAAAUUGAGAAAUCUUUUUAUUUUGAGCCGGGCAGCUGCACUCAUAAGCUUUAAACAAACAAUAUAAAAUAACAGCAGGGCAGGCCUUCUAUCAUGUCUGUAUUUAUUCAGCGAGGAAGAGUAAAAAGACAUCAUCUAAUUUUUUUUUAUAUGGCAUGAACCCGCGCUGACGAGGAAAGACUUAGAAGAGACUCGAGUAACAGAUGUGAUCGAGUGUUUUUAUAGUGUUUCAUGGUUCUGGGAUAUUACUCCAAUCUGUCUUUUUCAUGCUGAGCUGUCGUUUAGCCCGUUUUAGUGCACACCCUGAUAUAAUGCAUGAUCAAUGCCUCCCACUCCCCCUAACAGAGUUUAUUAACGCAGCGCAGUUAUGAGACAUUAUGACGUCGAUCUUUCUGUGGGUUUUUUUUUCCACUGUAAUCAGAGUCUCCAGUCUGCUGUGAAGUCAAAGAUGAAUCCACAGAAGUGUAACACCGGUGACAUCAGACUUCAAAUAAUCAAAAAAAAAGACGUGAUAACAUUUCUUUAGUUUGUGUGAGAGAGAGAGAGGAGCUCUCAUCAUGUUGGCAAAAAAGUGUCAUUAUUUGAUAGUGGGGGAUAAAGGUGGGGUAGUCAGGAUCUGAGUUAGCACCAGUUUUUAGGAGAAAUCUUGAAUGUAAACUCUACCCCUCCCAACCACUUUUCCCCUCAGCUCCUCCUCUCCAACAAGCCCCGCCCACAAACAGACGCUCCUGCUCGCUCGUAUCGUUCCAAUUAAAUUCAGAUAUAAUGCAGAUAAAUACUUCAGAUCAUUACAAAUGGGGCCCAGUCAAAGUGAAAGUCAAAAACAUUGGUGCUACUGUAGAUGCCAACAGACUACCAGCAAACACAAUGUUUGCAGGACUUCUACAACUAGGAUAAAGUGACAUAGUCCAGGACCCGAGGGAGGACAGUUUAGCGAUGGCGCUACAACACGCUACAGCAGGUCCGUUUGACAAGAAACACUUCUGUUACAGACACUUGUCUUACUUUGUUAAAGCGGUUUACCUGUCCAGCAGAAAGGUUACAGGGUCACCAAGAUCCCCAAGCGUCCCCCAUCGUUUAUGUUGACCCGGCUUUUUAGCUCUUGUCCGGUCUACCUCCGUUUUAAGCGCCCGUUAUUCCUCCAGAGUCUCCGGUAUUUACUUUGUUUUCUUGCUUGUGUCGGCAGUCGUGGCCAAAGGAGGAUUCAGACAAUUUUCCGAACUUUCUGGUUGGUUUCUACUGUCCGAUAUUGCUGCACGCUAACUUUGUUUGGGCUCGUGAACGACACGGGGGAGCAGCGUCUGCCUCACAACCAAUCAGGUUGAAGAAGGCAGGGAACGGUUUUGUUUACAGUCAGAAAGAGCGGACUGCUCUAAAAAUUUUGAAUGUUGACUCCACAGACAGAACAAAACACAGCGAUAUCAUUAUAUUACCAAGUGUCAUCAAUAACUAAUAGGUGUUGACUGAUAUCAAAAGCUUUUUUGUAAAUACACCACAAAAAAAGAUGCUUCUUUAACUGAUUCCUGCCUACCCCACCUUUAAUGGGACUCCGUGUAUAAAGCAGGAAGAUGAGAUCUGAUCAUCGGGGGUCUCACUGUUGACGCACGGUAGAAACAGCCUCUCUGAGCUCUACAUUUGUGCCUCAGCUCUUCUCCUACGCAUCAUUACCCCCAAAGAUGGACAUUCAUUUAGAUGCAUAUGCGUAUUAUUUGUGAAUUUUCUCAUUUGUUCCUCCGUGCAGCAGGUUACAACUCAUUUCAUUGUACUCUCAUGUCAUGACUGGAUCCGAAAAGCCGCCCAAAGGUGAAUUCUAUAUUAUCAAGGAGAAAGACAGUCGCAGGGUUUCCAGUAUAGCUAUGCAGAGCAGGGAGGACUAUUGAAUGUCUCCUCUUAUUGUCUUAUUCCUCGCUCGGAGCCCCAUGUGUAGGAUGAGGUAGCAUCUUAAUGGACCCGUUGUUCUUUGUGCCUCACCCUCAGAGUAAUGAAAUGGCUGUAAUGCAUUUUAAUCACCAGAAAUGGGACUGGCCGGAGCCAACCUGGAGAAAAAGGGGGUUACGGGCGAUUAUUCCCGAGUUUAAUGCCUGAGAUCCUUCCUGAGUCACUGAUACUCAAUUAGUCUGAGUGAAAUAGUUAUGAUUGGAUGGACAAAGAAUAGUUUUGGCGGAUUUAAAAAGAGAGUAAAAGUCUGACCACAAUUGUCUGUCUGUCUGUGAGAGAAAUUGGGAGGAACAGAUGACUUGUCACAGAAAGAUAAAACGGUUCAUUAUCUUUUAACAUCGUCUUCCAAGACCCACACAGUCAUCUGACGAGAAAGAAGAGAGUAAGGAAUACAGUGAAGGAGCAGGACAUCGACUCUUCUAUCUGUGCUCUUUUAUAUUUGUGCUCAGUCAGGAUGAUUUCUGGCUUUUCACUCGGCCUCAAGUGUUUAGGUCAGGGUUUCACACUGAGGGAGGAAACUCCUUGCGUUGUGUUUCUUACAGCGCUCAGAUAAAACGAGUCGACCCUCGUGAAAGAACAGGAGGACAGUUUUGGGAAAAGUAAUUGAUGCAAUUCAAUUAUGGACACAGAUAAUCGUCUUUUAAUUUCAGUGGAGUUAAGCUGAUGAUUUUAAUUUUCCUUCAUUAAUCUCCUGAUUUUUUUCAAUUAAUCAUUUAGUCCACAUAAUGUCAAGUUGAGAAAUGUGACCAGCUCGAAUUAUUAAAACCAAAGUUUUAUCUUCCCUGAUAAUUCUUAUCAGCAACCAAAGCCCGAAAGAGUUCAACUUCAGACUGUUAUGAAAAAGAAGAAAGUUAGUCUCAGAACUUCCACUCUGAUCAGUUUCCAUGAUCUGGUUAUUGUUCCAAGUUUUUCCUGUUUCUGAAUUAUUCAUGGGACGGCAUCACAGGCUUCCACGGUUACACCUUAUCAACGCUGCACACCUUAACAGGAGCUGUAUAUAUCCGCUUCAUAUAAAACAUCCAUGUUAAAAGGUCGAAACAGUUUUGUAGCGCACUCAUGCUGCAUCUGUGCAGUGCUGCUGCGGCACCAUGCCAGAAAUAAGGAGAUUUCAUAGAAACCCAGAAUGGCAAAAUGCAUCUAUAACUAGAGCACUUGGAUUCUCUGCAAUUUCUGGGAAUAUGUCACAACAGUCGGCACUUAUUUCAGGUACAUGUGUGCUCCACAAUCAGGGUAAUCAAGUGGCUCCCUGCUGCUGCUGCUGCUGACAGUCAGAAACCUGCAUCCUGAUGAUAGAACUGUGUUUCCCCGCCUGUUUCCUCUGUAGGUGCCUACGUGUGUAAGGGUCGCUCAGGCUGGUUGAUGCCGCUCGGGGAAGCUUUGUGGGAGAACGCUGACCUUCAGCUGUGCAUCCCAAUGAAGUUUAAGAGGGCACCCCCGCUGCCACCCCCUCCCGGUCCGGCUACGUGCACCCUGCUUUUAGAGAUGCUCGCCUCAAAUCCCGACGCUCGGCCCAGAGCAGACCAGCUGGAGGCCAGAGUGUGCUCUGCUCUAGAGGAGGACUCCCACUGACAGAGAAAGCGCUUAAGAGGCUGUAAUGGCAACAACUGCUGCAGCCACUAUAUGAUGAUAUUGACUCGGGACCCCCCAGCUGCAGCUUCCAACGUAAGUAGGCGAUAGCCACUUUUCUGCUGCUGCAGAGGAUUGGGGGAUACGAGUAUGAAAGAUUAUAUAGGUCGAGUCCCUUUUACAUCAAUAAAACAGAAAAACAAUUUGUGUGUAAAACAAAAGGGAGACGGGAUGAACUAGAAGAGAACUAUUUAAAAAUGACAUGGAGAUAUAUUGAGACCUACUUGAGCUGCGUUUGAUGUUGCAGAAAAAACCCAUCGCACUGAGAGUAAGGUUGAAUGGAUUAAAGGGAAAACUACUGCUGCUUGGGUUAUGCUGAUACCUUAUAUAUAUUACUUGAAAAAUGCAGCUAAUUUUAACUUUUGUCCUGAUUCUCAACCCUAAAAAUCUUAAUCUUUAUUCAGGGUAUGUGCUUAAGACAUGUUUAUAUAUUAAUACUUCUGACAGAUAUAGUAUAGUGGUGUUAAAGGGUUUAGAUUCAACAUUUCUUUAUCAUGAUACCUUCUUGCUCUGAGCCAGGAACAUUUCAAUACAUCACUUUUUCAGAGUGAAUGUCAAAACUACGUCCCCGAGCUAAGAAGGCUAGCAGCGCAGUGACGAAUCAUCGCUAAUGUACCAUCUUCUCAUGACCAGGAAAUUACAAGCAGGCGUCAGGAUUGUUCCUGAUCAUUUCCAGGCCGCAGCAUUUAUUACAGGUCAUUAGUCUUGUCACUGGCUGAACCAUAUCUUAAAUCGCUUUGCGUCAAGACGUUGAUGUAUUGUACAUGAUAUCUGGAAAAAUGCCAAAGUUGUAUAAAUAUGAGUGAGAAUGUAAUCUGACUCAUAAAGUCAGUGAGGUUGUCUCUGAUAGAUCUGAUACCUACUGUAGGGAUAUGAUAGACUAAAGGGAUCCUACUUUCACCACAAUAUUUCCUCAACACACUGAGUUACAUGGAAGACUGCUAACAUCAAAAUUUCGUCUGUGAAGACGGUAACGACAGACGGACAGUGUUGUCUCCUAAAAUCUUAAUAAAUGAUUUUUUCACCAGACAAGGGUCUCUCGCUUCAAAACUCAACGGCAGUGGGUGUGAAUGCGUUUGCAAAGAAAAGAUUUGGUUUGUCAGUUUCUCCCUGUUGUAGUCUUGGCUGAUUUUUUCCAGCACAUGCGUAAUCUCAGCAAAAAUCUCCUCACGCUCUCCUCUCAAAUGUACCACAGAUGAGGAGUUCUGAGGAGAAAAAAAGGGCUGGAUCAGCAGCACGCCGUCUUAAAGUAACCUGAAGUAACUUGUUGAUAGAUUUGCUCAAUAUUCCAGGACACAAAGACAUUGUUUAUUUCAGUCUCCUCACAACCAGCUGAAACUCCCUGCAGACGUGAAAGUGAAUUCCUGAAUUGAUUUCCCCAAAAAUCUGGAUGAUCCGAGUUUCUGCUGCUGAAAGCUACAACAUGCAUUUAAGAGUCCGGCUGAUAAUGAUUGAAUCAGACCUUAUGUGGACCCUCCAGCCUGCACCGAACCCCAACAGACUUGUGGAGACCUUGCAAGAGACCCCACCUUCAGUUUAUAUCUUUAAUUCUUCCAAUACAAGAUAAAAAUGAACUUUAAACAUGAUCAUCUGUUGUUACUCAAAAUAAAACCUUUUUUCCUGCAA